AUGGAUUCCUGCAUCUUUCCUAUCGAGCUCUGCGAGAAAGUCAUGAACGCACUCCCGGAAUACCGCAACUUUCCAGAGAGCGGUUGGUCGCUCGUUCUUCAGUAUUCUGGGGACUCGCAACCAGCACUGUGCGCGUGCGCUCUUACCUGUCGCGCAUGGCGCGUGCGGGCGCAGUACCUCCUCUGGACCUUCCCGUCCCUCUUUGACAGGCAAAAAUUCGCUCGCUUCACUCAGGCCGUUCGAAAAUCCCCGAACAUCACACUCAUCCACGGGCUCAUGCUAAAGAGCGACGAUGACUAUGAACCACCUGAUCUCAGAACGAAAAUCUGGAAGCCCGCUAACAUUGGACCAAGUGGUGUAGGCCGCGUAUUCGGGUAUGCUGUUACGGAGCUCGUUUUCCAAACUGAGCGUGCUCCCAAGGUGUUCAUCAGUCUCUUCAGGGACUCGUUUCCUGCUCUCCGCUCGGUCACAGUCUGUUUCAGCGGGUUGGAUGAGAGCGUGGAAUUCCCGAGUUGGCUCCUGGCCAUAGCCACAGGUCGUCCAGUACCCGGGAUCCUCAAGAAAACCGUCCUGGAGUGCGAGCACUGGUCCCAUGAUCUCAGCUGUUGUAGGAUCGCUGUGGGCACGGGCGAGGAGGUGGUCGGUUCCGCACAGCGCCUUCCGGAGCUCUUACCCGAGCUUGCAGAGCUCGUGCUCCGUCUGGAGUUGUGCGACCGCCCGGCAAGGCACGCUGCGUACAUCUGGGACGUCUUGUCUGGAUUGCGCAAUGCCCUGCGGUUUGAGUAUCGUCCACGUCAUUAUAGGUACCGGAGACCAUAUACAGUACUUCCACAUGAUGUUCCGCGGCUUUUGGCUCAGGACACCGAUUCGGACUCGGACUCGGACUCGGACUCGGACUCGGACUCGGACUUGGACUCACACCUCUGCAAAGAUAUCUUGUCUAUACCAUGGCUUUUCUUCCUUUAUGCUCACAUGUACCGCUCCGCCCUUGACUACCUACUUCGUAUACAGUAUCUGUGA